CUUUCUUCCUUCCUUUCUUCCUUCCUUUCUUCCUUUCUUCCUUCCUUCCUUCCUUCCUUCCUUCCUUCCUUUCUUUCUCUCUCUCUUUCUUUCUUUCUUUCUUUCUUUCUUUCUUUCUUUCUUUCUUUUCCUUUUCUUUCUUUUUUUUCCCCUCCCCAUAAACAAGUUGUAUCCUGGAAGUCAAAAGCCCAGGACUUUGUGCAACACCAGAGAGGAUGGUGUUUAUGUAUUCACAAAGCAGAACCCAGAAGAAAGGGCUUCUUUUAAGCAGUCAAGAUUGCUGCAUUUUCACUAAUGCGUAACUAAUGUGCAGUACUUUAUCAGUUCAUCAGGUUUACAAGUCAUAUACAAGUCUUUGCACUGAAAAAUUGUCUAGGCUUCUGCUUAUAUGACCCAACAAUCCUAGUGACAUACUUUUCAUAAGGCUUGAUCCAGGAACACUGAAAUUUGUGAGGCUUUCUGCGGCCUUACUGGGUUUUGGAUCAGGCACAUACAAAGCUUUGGUAUGAAGUUAGCACUUCAUUAAAUGAGCUAGAAGUAGCAGCUCUUGUUUUCCUGAGUCAAUUACAUACCCAGUCUUCAGUUUGCUCUGAAAAAUGUGAAGAAAGCAAUCGCUUUCAUGUAAGGCGUGCAAAAUCUUCUUGAUGUUUUUCCCUUCUGCGCCUUUUUAUUCAGCUCCUCUGGCCAUUUCAAAUGUUGUUGGUUGAGAGACAGAUUUAUCACUCUCAUCUCUCACUGGUUGUGAUUUAUUGGCUGUGGAACAGCAGCAUCCCUCUGAGAAAUAUUGCAGAGAUGUGAGCAGAAGCAACCUUGCAAGGGGUUAACGCUGUAAUGUUUUUCUGGUCUGUUUAUAAUCCCAACAGUAGGCCAGUAGCAGAAGAGGGUGGAUCUAAAAAAGUACAGGAGGGGAUGUGUGCUUAUGUGCAUAUGUGUGAAUAGUGUCUGUGUGCAUGCCCUGCUCUGCUAAACUGCCUCGCAUGCCACUGACAUAAAUCUGUUUUCAGGCUGACCAGGGUGUUCCUGACAGAUGGUUAAAGAGCUUACUUCUCGCACUGCCUCUCUGGUAUUCCUCCUGAAGACUUCAUUCAGAAAGAUAUUGUUUACUGAAAGAAUGGGCAGAUAGUUACAAGCCAGCCCUCUUCUUCCUAGAAGCUAACCUGUGGAUCCUGAAGGAUGGAAAUAGUUGAAGCGAGCUUACUUGAGAACGGCACCAAUAUCACUGCUUUCCUGUGUGAUAUCCUCUUGGAAAAUGACACUUUUUUCUGUGCGGAUGAUCCACCUUAUUCUUCUAGAGAUUUGCACCAGAUAAUCCGGAUUCUGCUGUACUGUUUGAUAUUUCUGCUCAGUGUUUUGGGGAACAUUCUGGUAAUCACAGUGCUGAUACGAAACAAACGGAUGAGAACAGUCACUAACACGUUUCUGCUGUCACUGGCUGUCAGCGACCUGAUGCUCUGCCUCUUCUGCAUGCCAUUCACUCUCAUUCCCAACCUGCUGAAAGAUUUUAUUUUCGGGAGUGCUGUUUGCAAAACUGCCACUUAUUUCAUGGGUAUCUCUGUAAGUGUAUCUACAUUCAACCUGGUUGCCAUCUCUCUGGAGAGAUACAGUGCCAUUUGCAAACCUCUACAGUCCAGGGUCUGGCAGACCAAAUCUCACGCCUUGAAAGUGAUUGCUGCUACCUGGUGUGUUUCCUUUACUAUCAUGUCACCAUACCCAAUUUACAGCAAACUGGUACCUUUUACCAAGUAUAACAACAGCACAGCAAACAUGUGUCGGCUCCUUUGGCCAAGUGAUGUCAUUCAGCAGUCCUGGUACACUUUCCUGCUACUCAUACUCUUUCUUAUACCUGGGAUUAUAAUGAUGGUUGCGUAUGGCCUAAUUUCUUUGGAACUGUACAGAGGAAUAAAAUUUGACGCCAGCCAGAGAAAAUCUUCAAGAGAAAGGAAAAUAAGUACCAGCAGUGCCAAAUACGAGGAUGGGGACGGAUGCUACCUGCAAAAAUCCAAAAGGAAAAGGAAAGUGCCAUUGCAACAGCUCUCUGCUCUGAGCAACAGCAAAAUAGACAGGGCAAGAAGCAGCAGCUCUUCUGCCAACUUGAUGGCCAAGAAACUCGUCAUCCGCAUGUUGAUGGUGAUAGUGAUUUUGUUUUUCCUUUGCUGGACUCCCAUUUUCAGUGUAAAUGCCUGGCGCGCCUUUGACACCACCUCAGCAGACCUGCAUCUCUCGGGAGCUCCCAUCUCCUUUAUUCACUUGUUGUCCUACACUUCUGCCUGUGUGAACCCUAUCAUAUAUUGCUUCAUGAACAAGCGUUUCCGCAUGGGCUUUCUAGCCACUUUCACCUGCUGCGCUAAGCAAAAGCCUCCUGCAAUAAAAGAUGUUGGCGAUGAAGAGGAGGGGAAGACAACACGGGCUUCGCUCUCCAAAUGUUCUUACACACACAUGAACGUACCUGCACCCCCGUGAGCCGCAUCAGAAGAGGCUGCAAGUGCCCUGCAGAAAUUCAGGUGGUUAUCGUCUGGUGUGGGAAAGUGACUGUGGCAUCAGCUGAACAUGAUUUAGUUCUGAGGUAAUGAAACACUUCAGCUGACAGUAAAUGUGGUGAGAAUUGAAAUGAAUGCUAUCCUUCUCCGAGCUUUAUAUCACUUUCCUUUCAAAAGUACAAAGGAGAAAGAGGGCUCUUUGAAGAUAAGGGACUUUAUACAAAGCCUUAAAAGGUGGUCAUAAAUUUAUUUGUCAUAAAUUCUCCUGUAAUAAAACUGGCGUCCUUAACAUCAACAGUUUAGCUCCAUUUUCAGCUGCAGUUCUGAGUAUCUCUUAAAAUUUCCGAGAUGCUAGUGGAUUCUCCUCAAACAUAAAUACAUGUAUUACAGUGUUUACUUCAAUAUCUCUGCCUUAUAAUCAAAAUCUUUCAGUUACAUUUGUAGUAUAUUUUUUCACAUUGUUUCAGCUGAACUAAUAUGUGUUGAGAUCAUUCUGCUGUCACAGUCAAUUAAAAGAAUUUCGGUGUGGGGAGAAUGGGCUUGUCCAUGUGAAAAUAAUGCUUUUAUGUAAAAUAAUUUCAUCCUUUUUUUUUUAAAAUAAAAUGAAAAUAAAUAUUGAUGACUUUAAGUGUGUAUGGAAUGCAUUCUUCACUUCGGCAAUAACCUAUUAUAAAUUUAGAUCAUUUAAUGUAUUUUCCAUUUAAAUAAAAACAAAACAAAACAAACAAAAAAUGUAGAACAAGCACAAAGAAGCAGCUUUCUUCCCUGCAGCUGCAAGCACCCGUGCAUUCAAGGGGCAGGAUCUGAGAUGGACCCCAA